AUGAUAGAAUCAAACCCACCUCUCCUACACCAUUAUGGAACACUUGUGCGCAAUCCAUCCAAUCUUGUUCAAGUUGAUCAGCAACGCCACAUUGGAGGGCUGGUCCAAGCUGAAGAAUGCCAGCUUCCAUUGAUAGACCUUCAUGGUUUGAAAAGCCCUGACACAAGGGAGAGCCUAGAAUGCGCUCGAGCCAUCUGCAGAGCGUCGUCGGAGUGGGGGUUCUUCCAAGUGCUGAACCACGGCAUCAGCCCUGAGCUGCUGCAGAGUAUGAGGAGAGAGCAGCUCAAGCUGUUUGCUGCACCGUUUGAGAGAAAGGCUACUUGUGGGCUUCUCAACAAUUCAUACAGGUGGGGGACUCCAACCGCAACGCGGCCAACUCAAUACUCUUGGUCCGAAGCUUUUCACAUUCCUGUCACCAAAAUCUCAGAAGAAGCUUGCUAUGGGGACGACUUUGGUUCUCUCAGGGGAGUGAUGGAGGAAUUUGCAGCAGCCAUGUCAAACCUGGCAAAGUUGCUUGCUGGGAUUCUAGCGAACAAUCUGGGACACCGAAAGGAAUCGUUAGAAGACAUUUGUGACUCGAGCACUUGCUUUCUUCGAUUGAAUCGCUACCCGGCUUGUCCGAUAUCCCCAGAGAUGUUUGGCUUGGUGCCUCACACUGACAGUGAUUUCCUCACAAUUCUUUGCCAAGACCAAGUAGGAGGACUUCAGCUCAUGAAAGAUUCCAAAUGGGUUGCUGUGAAACCCAAUCCAGAUGCACUUAUCGUUAACAUUGGAGAUCUUUUUCAGGCGUGGAGCAACGAUGUGUACAAAAGUGUGGAGCACAAGGUGAUGGCAAACGAGAAGAUGGAACGCUACUCAAUCGCCUACUUCAUGUGCCCUUCCUAUGAUUCUUUAAUUGGGAGUUGCAGCAGCACAUCGCCAGAAUCUUCUUCCGUCUAUAGAAAGUUCACUUUUCGAGAAUACAGGAACCAAAUUCAACAGGAUGUUCAGAAACUUGGCCACAAAGUUGGCCUCUCAAGAUUUCUUCUUCAAUGA